AUGAACUCCCCCGCACCCCUUCUCCGACCCGCCAUCGGUGGUGGUAGACCCAGCGGCGCCAGGACACCGAGAUUGGGGCUCGCCAUUCCCCCAUCGCCCAACGUCAAGGCUGUCGGUGGUGCCGUUGGGAACUCGCGGCCGCAUCUGCCGACGCUGAACCUCGCCACGCCCAUGGGAAGCACCGUAGCACCGUAUGAACAGCCCCCUAGACAAGCAGGUGCUCAACCGGGCCAGUCUGCAAGUGGUGGCAGCGAGAGCAGUGCGCAUUCCAGAUCCGGCAGUUUCGGGCCAAUGGGCGGUACCGCGAGCAACCCGACCUCGGCCGGCUCACAGUUCUCGGCACUGUCAUUUGCUUCGCAAUAUGGCAUUGGGUCUAGACCACAGGGCACGCCCGAUCCCAUCUCGGCAGCCGUGAGCUUAUAUUCCGAGAAGAGUGAGGGUGGUGUUGGCAUGGAGCGAGAUGGCUCGAUGCAAGGCUUAGAGAACAGCUUCGACAAGCUCGCCCUAGAGAAGGCGAGAACGGCGGACGUCGAGGAUCUUGAUGAUGAGGGGUGGCGAAUCGCCAGCAUGGAGAAGAGAAUUGUCGAACUAGGCGGCUUAGGCGAAGGUGCCGGAGGCGCUGUCACACGAUGCAAGUUGACCGGCGGCAAGACGGUCUUUGCGCUGAAGGUCAUCACCACCAAUCCGGACCCCGACGUCAAGAAGCAGAUUGUCCGCGAGAUCAACUUCAACAAGAGCUGCGCGUCGGAGCACAUUUGUCGGUACUACGGUGCGUUCGUCGACCCAGCUACCGCCACAAUAUCGAUAGCCAUGGAGUUCUGCGAGGGUGGCUCACUUGACAGCAUCUACAAGGAAGUGAAGCGCCUGGGCGGCCGGACGGGCGAGAAGGUGCUCGGGAAAAUCGCCGAGGGUGUCCUUGGUGGUCUGACUUAUCUGCACAGCAAGAAGAUUAUCCACCGUGACAUCAAGCCUAGCAACAUCCUUCUUUGCCGUAAUGGCGAGGUCAAGUUGUGUGAUUUCGGUGUCUCUGGCGAUUUUGGGACCAAGGGCGAGGCCAACACCUUCAUUGGAACAAGUUAUUACAUGGCGCCGGAACGAAUCACCGGCCAAAGCUACACUAUCACAUCGGACGUCUGGUCGACAGGCGUGACCUUGCUGGAGGUUGCCCAGCACCGAUUCCCCUUUCCGGCAGAUGGAACGGAGAUGCAGCCAAGAGCUGGCCUUAUCGACUUGCUGACGUAUAUCGUGCGACAACCCAUCCCCAAGUUGAAGGAUGAGCCGGAUUCCACUAUCUUCUGGAGCGAUAGCUUCAAGUACUUUAUCGAGUGCUGUCUCGAGAAGGAGCCAACGCGCAGGGCAACCCCGUGGAGGAUGCUUGAACAUCCUUGGAUGCUUGAGAUGAAGACCAAGCGCGUCAAUAUGGAGAAAUACUUGUCACAAGUCUGGGGUUGGGACGACGCAGAGAAGGCCGCUUGA